AUGAGCGCGCUAACCAACCCACCGCAGCCCGCAGGCCUAAUAACAUCCUCCCCCCACACCCUCCAAAACUUCGAUCUCACCGCCCCCAUCCUCCGCUUCGACUUCCCCACGCCUGCCGCCCAAGCCACCUUCCACCGCGCCUUCCUUCAAGUGCGCAACGAAAAGGACAAAGCAGCUUUCAUGCAACGUUUCUUCGAUAACUACGACGGCCAAGUCUCCAUACCUCGGCGUGUCAUCAUGGACACGAGCCGUGAUGAAGAAGUUGCGAGGAGGCUGCAGCAGAGUCUUCCGGUGGAGCUAGAUACGGGGAGGGAUGAGCAGAUGGCGAGACAGCUGCAGGGGCAGAUGGAGCAGAUGGGGAUGGUUGGUAGAGGUCCGAUCAAUGGAGGACAUGGUAGGAUGAAUGGGCGAAACGAAAGCACAAACGGUAGAGGAUACGAUAGGCAAAGCCGAGGCAUAGCCGUGGACGGUGAAGAUGAAGCAUACCGCGCAAGGAGACGUAUCGAGCGUCAGAGAGAGAUGGAAGGAUGGGCAUCUGCGGCGCAACAAUGGACAACCGCGGCUGACGGAGCCUACGUUGACACUAUGGAAAGGCUACGACACCAGUUUAGACGGGCGGGCCUUCAAGAUCCUGGUGCGUAUCCUGGACAACCUGGAUAUGGCAAUGCGCCUCCUCGACGUCAUCCUCGACUACCGCCUCGUCGUUCUGGAAACCAGGAGAAUGAGUUCGAGAGCUAUCAUGGCAAUGGGGAGCAGGGCUAUCCAGAAUAUGGUCAAGGCAACGGAGGUUAUGGCUAUGGCUACGAUCCGCGCCGGGAUCACAGGGAUCAUCGAGGUGGAGGGUAUUAG